CCUGAUCCGCAGCAGGUUCCUUCUCCGAACGUUGUGCUGGCGGCUCGCACCGGCUUCCCCGGGUGUGUGUUUGUUAGCGCCCUGCCUAGCCCAGUGCCAAGCCGCCUGCUCCGGGGUGAUUAAACAGCAGGGACACUAUUGCACCAGAGUGUGGGCGUGGGGCGUGGGAGAGCUCGCUUGCCCGCCGGAGCUGCUAGAAUAACCGGCGGCGUGUCAGUAUCAGAGUGGGUGUGGGUAUUUUGCACACGCUUGUUUUUGUUUAUCCCUGUCCUCUCGGCCCCGUCACGUGCUCUGUGUGUUGCAUUGUGUUUUCCGUGGGAGGGGGGGGAGAGCUGCCUGUGUCCGUGAUCAAUGUUGUGACUUCCUCCUUGCGCUGUAGCAGCAUUGGAAACACAGCUGAAGGAAGCCGAUUGCUGCUAGUUUCAAAUUGGCUGGGAAGGAACAAUACACACACACUGGAUUCCGUGCCUCUUCUCUUUGAGAGGGGGGGAAGAUGAGCUCGGGGGACGUUGUUUGCACUGGAUGGCUCAUUAAAUCACCCCCCGAGAAGAAACUGAAGAGAUAUGCAUGGCGGAAGCGCUGGUUUGUGCUCCGCAGGGGCCGCAUGAGUGGGAACCCAGACGUUCUGGAGUACUACAGAAACAACCAUUCAAAGAAACCCAUUCGGAUCAUAGACCUUAACGAAUGUGAAGUGCUGAAGCAUUCAGGGUCCAACUUCAUCAAGAAAGAAUUCCAGAAUAACUUUGUCUUCAUUGUGAAAACCACCUACCGCUCCUUUUACUUGGUGGCGAAAACGGAGGAGGAAAUGCAGAAAUGGGUGCACAACAUCAGCCAGAUCUGCAACUUCGGACACGUGGAAGAUGGCACAGAUUCUGUGGAGAGCCUGUCUCACACCACCUCGUCCCUCCAGCCCUCGCCAGCCGUCUCCACCCAUACCUCACGGAUCACAGACCCCUCCUCUUCUGUAGGCAGUGCCACCACAGACGCCUCUGCUUCCGAAGAGACCAGGAGUGAGUCGGAGUCAGUCUUCCUCCCCGACUACCUCUUCCUAUCGAACUGCGAGACGGGCAAGUUCAAUCAUAUCAGAUGUGACAGCUGGUCGAAUUCUGACAGAUCCCUGGAGCAGACCUCAUCAGAUGACGUUUUUGUUGAUGCCUUGCAGUCUCAACCCUCCCUUCACGUACAGUCAUCCGGCAACGGCAUCGUACACCAGGAUGGGGGCCAGCCACCGAAUCAUGGGAUUAUACCCAGAAGCAUAGACGUUAGCGGGCCGUUCAGUGAUGUCUCCUCCUCCUCUCCACUCUUAGGGCCUCCUUUAACACCAACCUUUCAGAUUGAUAAAAGCCAAACCGCACUGCCCUAUGGCGUAACUGAACUGGAUAUUUUGUCUAACACGCCACCACCCCGGCCACCCAAACCAACCCAUUUCUCAGACUGGAGCGGGGAGGAGCUAUCCAACGGGGCUCUUCAGAAUGGACACGGUGGGAUUUGCAGGGCUCAGAUUGCCUUGGUGCCGAGAAGAAUCUCCUUGUCCAGUUUGGAUAACGUGCGGCACUGGAAAGCCAACGUGGAAGGAAGCUCUCUCAGAAGUCGAGAUAAGAGGCUUAGUUUGAAUUUGCCGUGUCGAUUCACCCCGCUCUACUCUUCAGCAUCGGACAAUACGGAGGACAGCUAUGUACCCAUGCACCCCAGCACCUCUCCACCCAUCCCAGGACCAGAUUGCUCACCCGAUGGCUACACUCCCAUGAGCCCAAGCUCAGCGACCUUUACCUUUCCUGUAGUCACCAAUGACAAACUCUCCAGCCCACUGCCGGAACUUCCCACAGACCUGGAACCACCUCCAGUGAAUCGAGAUCUCAAACCCCGUAGGAAAUCACGACCCCCUCCGCUGGAUCUGAGAAACCUCUCCACAAUCCGGGAACACGCUACCUUGACCAGGAUGUGGACUGUGCCUUACAAUCGAACGAGCUUUAUCUCUCAAGAUAGAGACGGUAUUAAUUCAGCAAGAAUAUUUGCCAAUUCAGUUUCCGGAGAAGAGGAAGAAAGUUACAUUCAAAUGGAGCACAGCCAGGCAACAUCUCCAUGCAGUGGUGCUUUCCCAUGGUCAAGGAAGUCCAACCUUGAUUACUUAGCAUUGGAUUUUAAUUCCGCUUCCCCAUCCCCUGUACAGAAGAAACCUUUUCUCUCGGAAGAGCAGAGAGUAGACUAUGUCCAGGUAGAUGAACAGAAGACUCAAGCCCUACAGAACACUAAACAGGAAUGGACAGAUGUGAGGCAAUCUAAAGUUUAAAGGAGGAAGGUUUGGGGUUUGGUUUUUUGCACUGGAACAACAUUGUUAACCAAACAGCUGUAACAGCAGAGUUCAAAGGCAGACAGAGUGUAAGAUCCUGGUGGUCUCUAGAGGAAUGACAUUUUCAAGGAAAAACCUUCAAGUUCAGCUGGAAAUACUAUGUUGAAUGAGUGGUUUAUAGGAUUAUCAAAGUAACACGUUAAUCUUCUUUGCCACCCCUUGCAAGCAAGUUACAUGGUACAGUUUUAUGGCCUGAUUGCGGGAGCCACACAUUGAAUGGUAACAAAUGCCACUACAUGUUGCAUUUAUCUAUUUAACCCCGCCUUCUCCCUGUAUUAGGUAACUCCUUGUUGCUAAGGCUGUUUUUUGAUAUUCUAAAAAUACUGCAGGUGCUAAGGCUGCUUUUGGCUUCUGGUAUCAGACAGGUGUUGGUGACUAUUCGACCAAGGGCUAAAAUACUGAAAUAAUAAAAAGCAGAACAUUUUAAUAUAUAUAUAGUGCUUAAGCAAACAGAAUUUUGGAGAAUAUUUCCCUCCCCCAGAUAUAAUGUCUGACUUUGAGUGACACUGUUAGAGACUAUAAAUAGGUCUUUGCACUGAUGGAACUGGAAUGCGUGGUAGUCAGCACCCCGACUGACGUUCAUCAUAUUGAAUUUCUUCUUUCUGUUGCGGUUCACGUCAUCACCUUUUCCGUCCAAUUGCUCCUGAUGUUGUCUCCCUGGUGUGAGGACUUUCUUCGGCACAACACGGCAGCUUCUCUGACAGGAAUCUGCUGACACACAAUUCUUUGCUGGCCAAAAAAAUCAAAAAAGGAAGCUGUGCAUGAGCCUGUUUCUGCAAGUCUUGGAAAGGUUGGCAAAAUAUCAAGACUGUUUUUGUCUGAACUGCAAAAGAAGAAAUGCAAAUGAAAUUCCUGAUAACGGUGAUCGACCCCACCCGAGUGUUUUGUUAGCCUCAUCCUAGCAUCAUGAAUGAGGUAAUUAGGAAACAGUCUUAGUCGGGCACUCAGGUAAUAAUGAGGGAAGGAGCAUUAUUAGGCAAGCAACUCUGCCUAUGUAAAACAGCCACUUAAUACACUUCAGCAAUGUCAAGACAUAUUCAGGAAGCUUAUCUCCUUUGGUGUUUGUUAUGAGGACAAUCUCAGGAUCAGAUAAGUGUAUGUUUUAUAAUGUAUUUAAUUCUAUUAGUUUGCUUAAAAUCCUUAUUUCAAGAUGUGCACAGGCAGUUCAAAUCAAGAAAGUGUAGCACCCUUCAGUUAUCCCAUUGGGUUCAGUCUUGAAGUCUUUACUUAUGCAGAAGAUCCCACUGGCUUUACCAGGACUACUCUUGUGAGCAAGGACCUCAGAAUCAGGAACUUUUAUGAAGGAUUUUCCUUCAUGCUGGAUCCAAAUUCACAUUCCUCCUCCUCAUACCUGCUGAGAUCACACUAUGUUACUGUAAAUUAUUGACAUCCAAAAAAUGCUGAAUUACCAAACUGGGGUUAGAAAAAAUGUUGUUUAUGUCAAAGAAAUAACUCUGACGUCGUUUCAAGCUUCUGUCCUAUGUUUCACGCAUCCCUCAUUUUGUAUUAUUGUCACACAUUUGGGCCCAUAGGAAGGUUGAAAGCAAUGACUACCUGAUUCUCACUGUACCACUAGAAGAGGGCAGCUUAGCUGAUGGAAACAUCGUUUUCUCCUACCUCAAGAUAGCUGAAGUGUUUGCAGUUCUUGCUAUUUCAUCAGAGCAAAACACAUUUGUGACUGUGCGAUGAAUGUUUGCCCAGAUUUGCUAGUGAGGAUGACAGGGUUUACCUGUGCAUUUAUUGACGUGGGGGCAAAUCACACAUCCCAGUCUGCAGGCGCAAAGUGUCAUGGAUUAGAGCUGUUUGGAAAAUGGGGUGUUUCCGCCUUCUGCAGAAAAUGUUGACUUUUUGCCUCCCCCCCCCCCCCCAAUGGCUGAAAAAUGCUGAUUUUUGGCCAGAAAAGUAUAGACAAAAGCUCAAUAUUUUCUGCAGAAAGCGCACGUCUGGUGAAAAUUUUAAUGUUGUUGAAAAACCAAUUUUCUGUUGAUAAACAGGUUAGAAAAAGGGAAAUCUUCAACCAGCUUUAUCCUGGAUGCAGUUUUGCUGCAUGAGAGGCAGGAUUCAGGGAGCCUGCCUGUGCUCAGUGGUACAGAGCACACCUCUGUGGAGGCUGGCACAGAUCCGAAGUGCCACACCUACAAAGAGGUUUGCCUUCCUGCCCAAAAGCAUUCCCUUUAUUUUGAGGAGGUAGGCAAGAUAUCAGCCUGUGUCUGUUGGGCUAUGCAAAUGAUGAGGGGCUGAAUGUGCUUUGUGCGUACUGAAAUACUGACAAGGAAACACAAGACCAGGUGAGCUUUACAACAAGACAGCAGAACCCUAAAGAGCAGGGAGAGGUACAAGUCAAAGCAGGUGCUACCCUAGAAGGGGGAAUGAAAUUGCAUUACACUGCCCCGGCCCCCAAAUGCUUAGUGAUAGCAAGGUAGCAUCUCAGUCAUUUUCAAGUAAAACUUUAAUAAAAACCAUUCUGUGUUUUACUGGAAUAUGUUCUUCCAUGCUGUAAAAAAUACUCUGGAGCAGAAAAAUACGAAGUCAAAAGUUUUAAAGAAAAAUUGAGGGGGGAUGUUUUUCCCCACUAUUCUUAAUUCUUUGAAAUAUUUAAACUUUGGCAGAUGUGCUGAAGGGUCACUGAGGAGUCUAGAAAGUGUCUUUUCUGUCAGUGUUUCUGAGAGAUGGGCCCGAAUCAUAAACCUGGAUCCGAAUGUCCCUGAACGUGGGUCUAUAUCAGAGGUCGGCAACCUUUCAGAAGCGAUGUGCCGAGUCUUCAUUUAUUCACUCUAAUUUAAGGUUUUGCGUGCCAGUAAUACAUUUUAACGUUUUUAGAAGGUCUCU